AUGGUGAAAGCAGUUGAGACUGAAGCUGCUGAUAAGAUUGCUCAGACAGAAACUGAAGGAAACGAAACGUCGCAGUCUCGUUUGAUGCUUGAUGAAGCGUGUAAAGAUGAUGAUGACUAUGAGCAAAGAUUGUUGUUGCAGGAAUCUUGUGAUGAGAAAAGUUUGGUACUUGAGAAGGCCAAAGAGAUUGCUGGUUUGCGCAGGGAACUAGAGUUGUUAUCUAAGUUGCUUUCGGGUCAUGAAAAGGGAGACAUUAAGACUUUGGAGGACCAUGAAGGAGCUGAUUUACUGCAACGUAAAGUCUCUGGAAGACUUGGUAAACAUAUAGGUUCUGUCACGUCAAAGCCUGAGAAUUUUGAGUAUUUAAGACAGUUAUCGCGUGAGCAGCUGAUCAACCAUUUUCAGACAGAGAUGAGUGAGUUGAAAAGAGAGCAUGAGUGUACAAUGCAAGAGAUGACUGAAGAGUAUUUUAGCAUUCAGAGAAGGUACUCGAAACUAGAGGAGUGUCGUUCAUUUUCUUCUUUCAAAAAGGACAAGAACUGUGAUUUUCUGCUAAAGAAGAUCCCUGAUAUCAUUUCGAAGCUGGAUAAGGUUGUAUCGGAAGAUGACAAGCUUAAAGGAAAGAGCAAUGCUGAUUCCAAGAGUCAAUUGGAUUCUCUGCUUCUACAAAAUCGUCAACUUAAAGAUUCACUAUUUGAGGCUGAGGAUAAGAUGUCACAUCAUCGAGAGCUGGUCAGGAAGCUUGAAUCAGAUGUUAAGGAUUUGCAUGCUGAAGCUUCUAUCUAUAAAGAUGUUUAUGGGUCUUUUGUGGGAGAGUUUGUGAACCAGAUUCAGUGUGCAAAAGAAGAGGCUAAUAGAGAAGAAGCCUGUGCAAGCAAGGGUUCUCUUGAUGACUCUUGUGUUGAGUCCUACAUGGCAGACGAGUACUGCACGGUGAUAUACAAAGAAGCUUUGGAGGAAGCUGGUAAAAUGAUUGGAGAGUUGAACAUGAGUGUAUUAGAAAGAGAACGAUCAGUGACUGCUGAGAAGGAACUGCUGAAACAAAAGAUUCAUUCGCUGGAAUAUUUUGUUACGGAGAAGGAGAAUGAUUUGGCUACAGUGAGGCAGAAACUAGAGAUAGUCUUUCAACAAGUUAACAAUCUGCAGUCUCAGAUUGAUAAACAAGCAGUAGUGAUUCAAGAUAAAAAUAAAGAACUGAGAGUUGCUUCAUCUCGCGCUCUGGAAAAGAGAGAAGGUUAUGUUAUGGAGAUAUCCGAGUUGACACAUAAGCUAGAGUUAGCUAGAAAGAAUCUGAAGACAACCGAAAAUGAGAAAAUGAAGUCUGAGCUGAAACUAUCAGCAACACAAGCAGAGCUAAAACUACUUCAGGAUCAGAUUGUAACUACGGUUCUGAGUUUCGCUAAAUGGAGUCAAGAUGUCGAAUGUUUGGUAGCAGAAAAGACUAAAAAGACAAACACUAGGUUGAAAAGUAUGCAGAGCCAAUUGAAUGAUCUUCUAGAUGAAGUGGAUGAACUCAAGGUGAGAGAAUCGAUGUACAAGCAACAAAUGGAGAAGAAGACUUGUGACCUCCAAAAGGCUGAGACUGAGGUUGAUCUUCUUGGUGAUGAGAUCGAUUCUCACUUGGAUCUCCUUCAGAAAAUAUAUAUAGCUCUUGAUCAUUACUCACCAAUUCUGAAGCAUUACCCUGGCAUUAUGGAGAUCUUAAAGCUUGUCCGGAGAGAAUUGAGAAGAGACUCUAAGAGAUUAUCAGUAUUCUGACAUAGGCUUCAUAUAAAUUUAGUAAUCUCUCUUUUCACACAAGUUUCAUUGCAUCUCUGUUGUCGAAUGUACACAUCCUCUAUCAAUGCAUCUUGUCUAGUACGUAGGUAGGUUUUGGAACCAUAGAGAUAAUCGGUAGUAAGAAUUGGUGUUGACGAUGGUUUUUUUAAUAUCUACUUGAUCAUAGGUUGAUC